AUGACUCAGGACGCCGUAUACGGCGUGGCUUUCAGAUCUGUCGCCACGACAGACGAAACCGCCUACAGACAAGCCAUCAAGUUCUACCACAAGCUUGGAUUCUCGACCGUCAAGACUUACGACAAGUUCAGAGGCAACAAACAGAGCACUCCAACGUCAGGAACUGCGCAGGGAUCUGUCAAGGAGACCUGGCUGGAAAGCUUCAAGCUGUCUGAAGUAGACAGUAACGGGUUCCGUAUCCCACAACAAGAAGCGUCUAACCACAACCAAAGUGACGGUGCUUUGUUGAAAAUCAGGCUUGUGACCGCAGAACCACUCGAAACUGCAGACACUAGCGUCACCUACUACAGCGCUCAGCCACAACACAUCUCGGAAGCGCUCCCAGAAGCCCAAAGCCUCGACAACGGCGAAUAUGUGGCCAAGGACCCCUUGGGUAACAUCUUGCGCUUUUCACCCUUCGUGAAAGCCGGUGAAGACAAACCUGUGGGCUCGGACUUCUUUUUGAAGGAAGAAAAAACACCUGCAGACUAUCUCAAGCCACAAGAGCACAAUGCUUCUAUGACCUCUGCUGGCUCCGAACUCUCUGACGGCAAGGGCGGCAUCAAGAGAAAAAUCGCUGUGAUGACCUCCGGUGGUGACUCCCCAGGUAUGAACUCUGCCGUUCGUGCGGUGGUUAGAGCCGGCAUUUACUACGGUUGCGACGUUUACGCCGUCUACGAAGGUUAUGAAGGUUUGUUGCAGGGCGGAGAUCUGUUGCGCAAAAUGGAAUGGCAAGACGUUAGAGGCUGGCUCAGUGAGGGUGGUACCUUGAUUGGAACCGCUCGUUGUAUGGGGUUCAAAGAACGUAAGGGUCGUAAACAGGCUGCUGCCAACUUGAUCACACAAGGUAUUGACGCUCUGGUCGUUUGUGGUGGUGAUGGUUCCUUGACCGGUGCUGAUUUGUUCAGAUCUGAAUGGCCUUCUUUGGUCGAAGAACUGGUAAACGAUGGUGUUUUCACUGCCGAACGCGUCGAGCCUUACAGAAACCUCAAGAUUGUUGGUCUCGUUGGUUCCAUUGACAACGAUAUGUCCGGAACCGACUCCACCAUCGGUGCUUACUCCGCGCUUGAGAGAAUUUGUGAGAUGGUUGAUUACAUUGAUGCUACUGCUAAAUCCCACUCUAGAGCUUUCGUCGUUGAAGUCAUGGGAAGACACUGUGGUUGGUUGGCCUUGAUGGCUGGUAUUGCUACCGGUGCCGACUACAUUUUCAUCCCUGAAAGAGCCGCCCCUGCUGGUGAGUGGCAAGCCGAACUGAAGAAGGUCUGUCAAGCACACAGAGACAAGGGUCGCAGAAACAAUACUGUCAUUGUGGCUGAAGGUGCUCUUGACAACAAUUUGAAAUCCAUUACCGCGGAAGAAGUCAAGGACGCCUUGGUCGACUUGGGUUUGGAUACUAAAAUCACCACCCUAGGCCACGUCCAGAGAGGUGGAACUGCUGUGGCUCACGACAGAUGGCUAGCAACUUUGCAAGGUGUGGAUGCUGUUAAGGCUAUUUUGGAAAUGACACCAGAAACACCUUCGCCUUUGAUUGGUAUUCUCGAGAACAAGAUUAUUAGAGUGCCAUUGAUGGAAUCAGUUAAGCUCACCAAGAGUGUUGCCACCGCUAUCGAAAGCCAAGAUUUCGACAAAGCUAUUUCUCUUCGUGACACCGAGUUUAUUGAGCUGUACGAAAAUUUCCUCUCCACCACUGUCGAGGAUGAUGGCUCCGAAAGACUACCAGAGAAUGAGAGAUUGAACGUUGCCAUCGUUCACGUCGGAGCUCCAUCUGCUGCGUUGAAUGCUGCUACUCGUGCGGCAACUUUAUACUGUUUGUCGCGUGGUCAUACCCCUUCGGCCAUUUUGAAUGGUUUCAGUGGAUUGAUCCAAACCGGUGAAGUUAAAGAAUUGUCAUGGAUCGAUGUGGAGAACUGGCACAAUUUGGGUGGAUCCGAAAUCGGAACCAACAGGUCUGUCGCUAGUUCUGACAUGGGCUCUAUCGCUUAUCAUUUCCAAAAGAAUAAGUUCGAUGGUCUAAUCAUCCUUGGUGGUUUUGAAGGUUUCAAAUCUUUGAAGGAACUACGUGACGCUCGCGCUCAGUACCCAAUUUUCAACAUUCCUAUGGUGUUGAUUCCAUCCACUGUCUCCAACAACGUACCGGGUACCGAAUACUCCCUAGGUGUUGAUACCUGUCUGAAUGCUCUAGUCAAUUACACUGAUGCUAUCAAGCAAUCUGCUUCCGCUUCCAGAAGAAGAGUUUUUGUUGUUGAAGUGCAAGGUGGUCACUCUGGUUACAUUGCCUCUUUCACAGGGUUGGUUACCGGUGCCGUGUCCGUGUACACACCAGAAGACGAGAUCGAUCUGAAGAGCAUCAGAGAAGAUUUGGCGCUACUAAAAGAAAACUUCCGUCAUGACCAGGGAGAAACUCGUAACGGUAAGCUUCUAAUUAGAAAUGAGCAAGCCUCUAGCAUCUACACCACUCAGCUCCUAUCUGAUAUCAUCGCAGAAGCUUCGGACAACAAGUUCGGAUCAAGAACCGCAAUCCCUGGACAUGUACAGCAAGGUGGUGUUCCCUCGUCCAGAGACCGUGUUACAGGUUCCAGAUAUGCCGUCAAGUGCGUAAAGUUCAUUGAAGCAUGGAAUAAAAAGAACUCCGAUGAGCAGAACGAGGAUUUCAAGAUUUUGAGAUUCAAGUAUGUCAACGGCGUCAAGGAAUACACUCUUCAUGACGAGGAUGCUUCGGCUGCCAUUAUUGCCGUGAACGGAUCCCAUAUUUCUUUCAAGCCAAUCGCCCACUUGUGGGAGGAAGAGACUAACGUUGAAUUGAGAAAGGGUCAAGAGAUCCAUUGGGAAGAAUUCAAUAAAAUCGGAGAUAUACUUUCCGGAAGACUAAACCUAAGAAAAGAAGUAUGUGCUGAUGAGAGUAUCUAA